AUGUCUGGCCAUCUUGACCCCAAAGCCCUACUGGAUCCUCGCCAGCGCUCCAUCAGCGAAGUAGGCACCAUAUCAUCCGCUGGCGACACCACUGUUGUUCCUAGCAUCAACACCGCUGAAAUUCCCCAAUAUCUCGAUGCUGGCAACGAGAAGCGUUUUCCCCACGAUCCCAACAAUCCUUUCAAUCACAGCCCUGAGGUCUUGAACCAAUUACUCGACCCCAAAUCCCUCGAUGUCCUCAAGGGGCUCGGCGGGCUGCCGGGCUUGGCGCGCAGUCUCAAUGUCGAUCUGAAAGCUGGUCUUAGCGUUGAUGAGCUGAAUAACCAGAACUGUUCCCGUAUCAAAGUCUUUGGUCGCAAUCAACUUCCAGCCAAGAAACCAAAGUCUAUUUGGCGAUUGGCAUGGAUCACCUUCCAGGAAGCAGUGCUGAUCAUGUUGACUGUUGCUGGUACAAUUUCUCUUGCGCUUGGCUUAUAUGAGACUUUUGGGGUAAAGCAUCAACCGGGCGAUCCUACGCCCGUUGAUUGGGUCGAAGGUGUCGCGAUUCUCGGCGCUGUUCUCAUCGUUGUGGUUGUUGCUUCACAUAACGAUUGGCAGAAAGAAAAGGCGUUUGUGAAGCUCAACACCAAGAAGGACGAUCGCGAGGUCAAGGUUGUCCGAUCGGGAAAAUCAAUGCUUGUCAAUGUCGCUGAUGUCGUUGUUGGCGAUGUCAUGAACCUUGAGCCUGGUGAUUUGAUCCCCGCUGAUGGUAUCUUCAUCGAUGGCCACAACGUCAAGUGCGACGAGUCGACUGUCACUGGCGAGUCUGAUGCAUUGAAGAAGACUCCUGGAGCGAAGUGUUUUGUCGACGAUCCUAUGCGCACUAAGGAACCUGAUCCUUUCAUUAUCUCUGGAUCUCGUGUCCUUGAAGGUAUGGGUACUUUUGUUGUUACCUCCGUCGGCGUCAACAGCAGUUUUGGCAAGAUCAUGAUGUCGGUACGAACGGACAUUGAGUCUACACCUCUCCAGAAGAAGCUCGAAGGUCUUGCCGUCGCUAUUGCUAAGCUUGGUGGUGGUGCUUCACUCCUCAUGUUCUUCAUUCUGCUCUUCCGCUUCUGUGCCUCUCUUCCUGGUGACGAUAGACCCGCUGAGGAGAAAGCUUCUACUUUUGUUGAUCUCCUCGUCGUGGCUAUUGCCAUCAUUGCUGUCGCUGUACCCGAGGGUUUGCCUCUUGCUGUCACUCUUGCGCUUGCCUUUGCGACAACUCGUCUCUUGAAGGAGAACAACCUUGUUCGCGUCCUCAGAGCGUGUGAGACUAUGGGCAACGCAACUUGCAUUUGCUCCGACAAGACAGGAACUUUGACCACGAAUAAAAUGACAGUCACCGCCGGCCGCUUCGGUUCCUCGACCUUCACCUCCGACAUCCCCAGCUGGGCAACGACCCUCUCCCCCUCAACCCGCAAACUCAUCACCCAAUCCGUCGCCAUAAACUCCACCGCCUUCGAGGGCACCAACGAAGGCGACGCCCCCUUCAUCGGCUCCAAGACCGAAACCGCACUGCUCCAACUCGCCAAAGACCAUCUCGGCAUGCAAUCCCUCUCCGAAGCACGAGCGAACGAACAAAUAGUCCUCAUCGAGCCCUUCAACUCCGUCAAGAAGUACAUGCUGGCUGUGAUCAAGGUCCAGGCCGGAUACAGGGUUCUCAUCAAGGGUGCUUCGGAGAUCAUGGUUAGCUUCUGCUCUACUGAGGUUAAUCCGGCGACUGGUGCUGUUGAGGCUUUGGAUCGCAAGGCGGCUGAUGAUGCGAUCAUGGCUUUUGCGAGGAAGUCGUUGCGUACUAUUGGGUUGGUGUACAAGGACUUUGAGGAGAUGCCUGAUCUUGAGAACUUGGGUGACUUGACGCUUCUUGGUAUCGUUGGUAUUCAAGAUCCUGUUCGGGAGGGUGUGCCUCAAGCUGUGCAGAAUGCCAGACGCGCUGGCGUUGUUACUCGCAUGGUCACAGGCGAUAACCUUGUCACAGCACGAGCUAUCGCCACAGAAUGCGGUAUCUUCACCGACGGCAUCGUCAUGGAGGGUCCAGAGUUCCGCAAGCUGUCCGAGGAAGAGCUUGACAAGGUUAUCCCUCGUCUUCAGGUCCUGGCCCGUUCUUCACCUGACGACAAGCGGGUUCUUGUCACGCGUCUCAAGGUCUUGGGCGAAACAGUUGCUGUGACUGGUGAUGGUACUAAUGAUGCGCCCGCUCUCAAGGCAGCGGAUAUCGGAUUUUCUAUGGGUAUUUCUGGGACAGAGGUUGCGAAGGAGGCGUCUGAGAUUAUCCUUAUGGAUGAUAACUUUGCUUCCAUCAUUACUGCGCUGAAAUGGGGACGGGCUGUCAACGAUGCGGUGCAGAAGUUCUUACAGUUCCAAAUCACCGUCAACAUCACCGCCGUUCUGCUUUCUUUUGUUACAUCCAUGUAUGACGACAAGAUGGAGCCUAUUCUCAAGGCGGUCCAGCUUCUCUGGAUCAACCUUAUCAUGGACACCAUGGCUGCCCUCGCUUUGGCCACCGAUCCUCCCACCGACUCCAUCCUCGACCGACCUCCUCAGCCCAAGUCCGCCCCUCUCAUCACCAUGAAUAUGUGGAAGAUGAUCAUCGGCCAGUCCAUCUUCCAAGUCGUCGUCGUCCUAGUUCUCUACUUCGCAGGCGACUCCAUCCUCGGCUACAACACCUCCAUCGCCGCCGAAAAGCUGCAGCUCGACACCAUCAUCUUCAACAUGUUCGUCUGGAUGCAGAUCUUCAACGAACUCAACUGUCGCCGUCUUGACAACAAGUUCAACGUCUUUGUCGGCAUCCACCGCAACCUGUUCUUCAUCCUUAUCAACGCGAUCAUGAUCGGUCUCCAGAUCGGCAUUAUCUUCAUCGGAGGCCGUGUCUUUGACAUUGACACUGAUGGUCUUAAUGGUGUGCAGUGGGCGAUUUCUAUCCUCAUUGCGGCCUUUAGUCUGCCGUGGGGUGUGCUGGUUAGGAUCUUCCCUGAUGAGUGGUUUGCAAAGGUUGUGUAUUUCUUUGCGCCGCCUUUUGUGUGGGCUUAUAACCUGAUGGCGAGGGGUUGGGGGAGGUUUAUGAGGUUGUUUAGGAAGAGUAAGAAGGCGGAUGAUGAGGAGGAUGGAAGUUCUUUGGAGGAGAGGGAAAGUAAGGAGAAGUCUCAUGGGGUUGGACCCAUGAUCGUUGAGCCCAGGAACUAA